AUGUGGGGGCAUCUGACGUCGUCCCUGCGCCGUCUCACAGUGCGCUCCGGCGAGCCGCACACGGCGCCGGACAAGCCGCUCGUCGUCGUCUUCGGGGCCACCGGCGCGCAGGGUAGCAGCGUGGUGGCGGCGCUGCUGGCGAGCGGGCGCUACCGCAUCCGCGCCGUCACGCGCCACGCCGACUCGCCGCGCGCCGCCCAUCUGAGGGACGCCAAGGUGGACGUGGCGCAGGCCGACCAGGCGGACCGCCAGGCUGUGCGGGCGGCGCUGGAGGGCGCAUAUGGCGCGUUCGUGGUGACGGACUACUACUCGCUGGGCGAGCGCGAGGAGGAGGUGGGGAGGGGCGUGGUGGAGGAGGCGAGGGGGGCGGGCGUGCAGCACGUGGUGUGGAGCACACUGCCCCACGUGCACCGCCUCUCCAAGGGCCAACUCAACGUGCCGCACUUCACCGGCAAGGCCAAGGUGCAUGCCUCUCGCUCGCUCCCUUCUUUCCCUGCUCCGCUGCUGUAUCCCCUGAUGCUGCCUUACCGCAUGCCUCUCCUUAUCUCCAGGCCUUGCGUUUAUGCCCCUGCUGCCCCACGCCGGGUGCCACACACCAGGUUUCUCUCGGGUUUUCAACUCCUGCACCCACCCUGGCACCGUUGCUCUGUGCCCUCUCUCCUGGUCAUCUCGUCCUGGCAGGUGGAGGAGGUGGUGAGGGCGAGCGGCUUCAAGCACCACACGUUCGUCAUGUGCGCCUUCUACUAUCAGAACUUCUCUCACUUCAAUCUCACCAGGGAGGAGGCAGACGGCACGGUGGUGUUUGAGCUGCCCAUGGGACCCGAUGACAUGCUGACGGCCUUUGAUGUGGACGACACCGGUGCUGCUGUGCUCAACGCCCUUGACCACCCGGAUGACUGGGACGGCGAGUACAUGUGUCUGGCGGGCUACCACGCCCCCGUGCACCAGUACAUCUCCGACUUCCACCGCGUCACGGGCCAUCCUGCCCGCCUGCACACCACUGACAAGGCCGCCUCCGAGGAGUGGACGCAGAUGUUCCGGUGGUUCUCCCAGCACACGUACUUCGGCUGCCACGACAUCAGCAACGCGCGGCGCUGCAACCCGCACCUCAAGACAUGGCGCCAAGUGGUGGAGUGA